AAACCAGCAGUUCAUUAGACUUGUAAUUUUCACUUUUCAGUCAAGUGGAGCUCCGAACAAAGUACUGUGCAACUUCUUCAUCUAUGGAAGAAGACGAUAAUCUCCCGAACACCGCCGCCGCCGAGGCGUCGGAUUCCGCUCUCCAAAGGAAGCAUGCGGCGAUGAUCGAACGCCUUUCGAACUCGCACCAAUCCCGUUUGGCUCGCAAACCCAAUUCGGAAUCGAACUCUACGUUCAUCUCCACAAGUUCCUUUCUUUCUCGUUUCUCCGAAUCCAAAAACUCCAUUGAAUCCACACUCUCUCGCAUUCGUCAAACGCCCGACCCGCAUUCCAACCCGACUCUUAAAUCCGAACUCGACGACGUCUCAAUAUCCAUCGCAGAUCUCGAAAAACUCGUCGCUGAAAACUCUUUUUCCCUACCGUCCUACGAAGUCCGUACAUGCCUCAAAACCAUAACCGAUCUAAAACAAUUAGUCGAACAGGUUACGUGCGAAGUAAUCCCAAGGAAGAAAUUCUCUUUCAAAAACAAAUCAACGAAGAAAAUCACAACGCAAAACGACAUCAUAUCAGAAGUUCCAAAUAUGGAAUCAAAGGAUUCAGUGUUAAGGGUUUUGGAUUCGCCAGGGUUUAGGGGAAAAGAAAAUGAGGUAUUAGUGAAGGAAUUCGGUAGGGGUAAUGAUGAAGAGAUUAGGGAAUUUGUUCUAUCGGAUUUAAAGGGCUGUGAUGUGAGAUUAAUGGGGAAUGUGAGGGCAUUGUUUGUGCAUAAACUGAUUGAUUGUAAGGUAUAUGUUGGACCUGUUUUUGGGUCAGUGUUGAUUGAAGAAGUGACAAAUUGUGUGUUCGUUAUGGCAUCGCAUCAGAUUCGGAUUCAUCAAGCUAAAAGAUGUGAUUUUUAUCUUCGAGCGAGGAGUAGGCCGAUAAUCGAGGAUAGUGAUGGUGUAAGGUUUGCACCGUAUUGCUUAAAGUAUGACGGGAUUGAGAAGGAUCUUGAGGAAGCUAAUCUUGGUGAAGAGACAGGGAAUUGGUCGAAUGUAGAUGAUUUUAAGUGGUUAAGGGCAGUGCAGUCUCCAAAUUGGUCAAUUUUACCAGAAAAUGAACGCGUUGGCACAAUUGAUAUUUCAAAUCGAGAACCAAAAAUUUGAAUCUUUUGUCGUGAGGAGCGGAUUGGAAUGUAGCAUCAUUGGGAGGCUCAGUUGGUGCUUUCAGUGACAUGAUUCGCGCUGAGGGACCUUCUUCUCUCUUUACAAGGGCCUAGUUCCUUCCAUCAUAAGCAUGGCACCUUCAGGCACAGUUUCU